UUUAGCUGGAUGACAUUCCCGGGCAUCGAACACCUUAGAAUCGAGUCUUAUCUCGCUGUCAUUUCUCUAUGAACUUGCAUCAUUUUAAAGUGUUGUUUCUCUUAUGAAGGUGAUGAUAUAUAAGGUAUUUAAGUAAUAUGUUUAAUUCAGCUCGUGUUUCCGUUCACAGAACGGUCCAACAUUUAUGUCGACAGCCUAUAUCCCGAACUGGACAUGUCCCCGACCCCGGAGAGUUCGUUAGGGCGCGUCCAUGGAUAUGGACAUCUCUGAAGACGGUGACUCAAGACACGCGCGCACUUAGAUGUCCAGGAACUGUAGUACAUGAAAGGACACGUCCAGUCUUGGUGAGCCUGCAACUGCACCCAUCAGAUUCCUUCAGCAAAAACCCAUUAACAUGUCGGAGAAGUAUACCUUUGUUUGGAUCUGAUCACUGUGAUGUGAACAAUGUACAGAUGAAUCGCUAUCAGAAUCACAUCAUUUCCAGACGUUUCAGUGUGCAGACACAACAAAGGCAGAAACAAAACCAAAAUUCCACAGACGAAAGUAAAAAAGCACAAGAACAAAAAGGUGUUGAGAAACCUGUUGAAGAAGGAAAGGACAUUGAGAAACCCACAGAACAACUCUCUUUGGUGCAGAGAUUUAAGAAAACUUAUAAGGAACAUGGAAAGGUUCUCAUUGGCGUGCAUCUGCUAACAUCAUGUGUCUGGUUUGGAAGUUUCUACGGGAUUGUAGAUAGUGGAGUGGACAUUGUGGCAAUUCUAGAGAAUUUGGGCUUCAGUGAAACAAUUACAAAUCCGUUUAAGUCAUCAAGUGUUGGAAAUGUGGCACUCGCAUACCUGAUGUACAAGUUAGCUACUCCGGCUAGGUACACAGUAACCAUUGGUGGCACAAAUAUGGCCAUCAAGUACAUGAGGAAGACUGCAAAAAUUCCUCCUUUGAAGCAAGAAGAUAAAUUAAGGAGCCUCUUUAAGGAAGGAGUCAAGGAUGCUAAAGAUCAGGGCACGAUGAAGUUCAAACAAAGCAGGGCAAACGCAAGGGCGAAAAGAAGGACUGCCAAUGUGCAGAGGACUAGAAAAAUGAAAGCUGCAGGAAGGAGGUUUAUUUCAAACAUUAAAUCAAGAAGAGACAGGUUUCUGCUUAAAUUUAGAUCAUCUCGACUUAACAGGAAAAAUUCAAAAAGAAAAAACGGAAACAGUGCUAAGAAAUGAAUACAAUUUAGCUAACAUAAGAGAGUGUAAUUAUUUAAGCAGAAGAUGUCGCAUACAGAUUUAAGAAAUGCAGCAUAUUUCCUUGAAUGCGAGGCUGAAUUAAUGCAAGUGUUGUGAUAUAUUUUUUCCGACUGCUUUCAAGUGGGGCCGUUUUAGUUAUUUUCCGUCAGGAAUUGGUCAACAUUUUUUUUCAUCUGAUGUCAACAGCAGGUGUGAGAACAAUAACUGGUAUUUGUUUGUACAUUGGUGAUUUGAUGAAUGAUUUUUAACAUAUAUACAUGUAUAUAGCAGUAAUUGUUGGAAAUGGAUUCAUAGUGUCUCUUUGAUUUUCUCAUUUUCAUUUGCAUGCUUUUAAUAUGAUAAGUUGAAAAAUCUAAAAUGUGAAUACUGUAAUUACUGUUUAAGUUUUCCUUAUGAAAGCUAUUAAAGAUGUCGAUUCAAAAUCAUCAAACUUUGCCAACAUGUAUUCAAUACAAGUCAAGCUGCAUGCAUGCUUGAAAUACCCAUCAAAAUUUGCACCUGAAAAAUUGUGUUAAUUACCCCACAAUGUUCAAAUUAAGUGACCAUGUUAUGACUGUAUGUGUAACCUUUUGGGUACUAAUGACAUAUGAAAUAAAAUUUUACCCCUAGCCCUCGUGUUUCAAAAGUUUUGGUAGAAAUAUUGCCCAUCAAUCAAUUACCUGGAACACUGUAUAUCUGUUACAGACAUAUUUAGGUUUCUUUAACGUGUCAAAAGGGUUAUAAUACAUGAACUGCAUUGCUUAAAGCUAGCAGAUACCAUUCAUAGGAAUGACAUUCCAUUAAUGACAAUUGAUAAACUUGAAGAGCAACAAGCAAUUGCAACUUAUCUGUGAUGUAUUUCCAUAAUACAGUGAUCACAGUCCAUGUAGAUACUCUAAAAAAUAUAUAUGAACCGUGGGUCGAAAAUUUGUGUCAAGACCCUGUGAUGGUGAUAAUGAUGAAAUAGGAGAGAUAAGAAAGUGUUGUAUAUAUGUAUAUUCAAAAUUUAUAUAUGUAAAGUUAUAUGUAUAUAUAAUAAUAUACACACAUACACAGUAAGUUAUAAUGGCUUUCAAGGGGACCAUGAAAAAUGCUUCCUUUUUUCUGGGGUAUUGUUUUUCUCAAUUCAUAGAUCUAUACCAUGAUACAGUUCAGGUCUAUUCAGAACUACAAAAAUGUUGUUGUUCUGGUCUUUCUUAUUUCUAUUGAAAUGAUGGCACACUUGCACAUAUAUGACCAGGUAAUAGGCAAAGAGAUACAGAAUCGAGUCAAUUCUGUCCAAUUACAAUACAACACCAUAGUGUUGUAAUAUAACACAACAGCAUAGCUGAAAUUGACAUGGAUCUUCAAAUUUCAAAGACAACUCGUACACAUUUAACACCUUUGUGUGCACAUGCUUGUGUAUGUGUACACUUACAUACUUGCCCUUGUCAUUUGUCUGAUGAAGUUGACUGUGUACAUACCAUACUAGUCAUGGAAAAGUCAUGUAUAAACAUUAUUGCAUUUUUUGCCAGGGAAAUAUAGAAAUUUAUCAAACUGAUAAAACAUGCAUUUUCACUGCAGCGAUGAGCAGUGAAAAUAUACGAUUUUGCUGUGAAAAUACAUUUUUGUUUUGUUUUUGACCAAUUAGAGCGAAACUUUACACAGUACAGUGAAACCUGAUUUUUCUGACCAUUGACUUUAGAUAAACUCUUGGAGGGUGGUAAUUUGUGUAAAAAACAUUUUAUUGUAUAAAAAUAUAUAAAGAGUUUAUUUUAAUAAUUUUCAUUUGAACAUAAUAUAAUUGCUUUUUGUCAGAGAUGAAGCAACUUUACUCAAAUAAGAGUUACCUUUCCCAGUUUUAUAAUUACAACAUGUUAAUAAUACAAGGAUAACGAUCACAAUUUUAAGCCAUCUUGAAGAGAUUGUACAUGAACAGUAAAAAAGUAAAGUAAUUUUGAGGACAAGUUUUAAAUUGAUAAUGAUUAAUUAUAUAAUGCAUAUACAAGUGGUUUUCUAACCUGCCUUAGAAACCACUUGUGUAUGUAAUGAUGAAGUGUAUUAAGAGACAACUUUGACAAAAUCUUGUUUUCGUGUUAACUGAACCUGAAAAGACCAAUUUCAAUGCAGAACCACAGAAACAGGAGGGUGUUUAAGUUAGAUUGGACUGUGAUUCUUCAGGUUCCUUGUGUUUUUACAAGUGUUUUAAUGUAGUGCUGAAGUGUUGAAUAAUUUAAUUUUACCAUGACAGUCAAUACAAGCAUGUGUGAUACCGGUAAUUUAUUCUGAUCAAAUUGGAAUUAUGCUUUAUAGAAAAGAGUUUUUUUUCAUAGACUCUAGUAUGCAGUGUGUUAUGAAAAAUUCAUCUUUGCUUAGUUAAAUAACGUAAUUUAUAUUCAUUAUCAACCGUUAGUUUUAGAAAUUCAGUUAUGCUUGUUAACAUUUUAUGGCAGAUGAUGAAACCAAAAGCUACACUUUUCAUUGAAAGAAAAAAUCACCUCAAAAAUGAUUUUCUACAAAAACUGUAUCAUUUACAUGUAUAUAAGUAACUUACAGAUUUUGAAUUUAAUAUACAUGUUGUUGGUUCUGCAAAGACAUCUAGAGAAUCUAUGAAGAGUUCAUUUGAAGUUAAACAUUAAAGUAGCAAAACUUCAUAAUCUA